CACCACUCCACGCCACACCAGCCCACACACACACUCUCUCUCACAACCCACGCCCCCGCCCCACACACACACACACCAAACACAUACACGCCACCACCACCACAAACCACUCGCCCAUACACCACAUACAUACACCAUGUCAAACUCCCGUCGUGUCGCAUACUUCUAUGACAGCGCCAUCCCGACCUUCCAUCUGGCUGCUGGUCACCCGAUGAAGCCGAUCCGGUCGGGCAUGACCCACAACCUCAUCCUCAACUACGGGCUCUACCGCAAGAUGGAGAUCUAUCGCCCGCACUACGCCACCGACGACGAGAUGUCGCGCUUCCACUCGGACGACUACCUCAACUUUCUCCGCCUCAUCACGCCCGAGAACAUGUUCGAGUACUCGCGGCAGCUGCACCGGUUCAACGUCGGUGAGGACUGUCCGGUUUUUGACGGCCUCUACGAGCUCUGCCAGCUUGCGGCCGGUGGCUCCAUCGCCGGCGCCAUGAAGCUCAACCACGGGCAGGCCGACAUUGCCAUCAACUGGGCCGGCGGUCUGCACCACGCCAAAAAGUCCGAGGCUGCAGGCUUCUGCUACGUCAAUGAUAUUGUACUUGGCAUUCUGGAGCUGCUCAAGGUUCACGAGCGUGUCGUGUACAUCGACUGCGACAUCCACCACGGCGACGGCGUCGAGGAGGCCUUUUACACCACCGACCGGGUCAUGACCGUCUCCUUCCACAAGUUCGGCGAGUACUUUCCGGGCACCGGCGACCUCCGCGACAUCGGCGCGCAGGAGGGUCGCAACUACGCGCUCAACUUUCCGCUCAAGGACGGCAUGGACGACGCCUCGUACGAGAUGAUCUUCAAGCCCAUCAUGGCCGCCGUCAUGGAGCGCUUCCAGCCCGGCGCCGUCGUCCUCCAGCUCGGCGCAGACUCGCUUGCCGGCGACCGCCUCGGGUGCUUCAACCUCACCAUCGACGGCCACGCCGAGUGCGUCCGCUACAUGAAGUCGUUCAACGUCCCGCUCCUUGUCCUCGGCGGAGGCGGCUACACCAUCCGCAACGUCGCCCGCUGCUGGGCCUACGAGACCUCAGUCCUCCUUGACGAGCCCAUCGACGACGAGCUGCCGUUCAACGACUUUUUCGAGUACUACGGCCCUGACUUCCGCCUCCACAUCGACCCGUCGAACAUGCCCAACCUCAACUCGCGCGAGGAGCUCGAAAAGUCUACCGCCUACCUCCUCCAGGUUCUCCACCAGGUCGAGCCAGCCCCGUCCGCCCAGAUGCUCGACGUCCCGCCGGAGACCUACCUCGGCGAGCUCGACGAGGACGCAGAGGACCCCGACAUCCGCAUCUCCCAGGCCACUUACGACAAGAUCCGCACUCAUCCCUCCGAGUUCUACGACGACGCUGUCUUUGGCGAUGGCGGCCGCGCCAAGCAUCGCGACGAUCCCGCUGCAGCUGCCCAAGGCGUCCUCCAGAACGAGCUCCAGCCCGAGUGCCCGCCCACCAACGUCCCUGCCGCCUCGUCCUAGCCGCUCCACCCGUCAUCGUCAUUGUCAUCCCCUGCUCUCUGCAGCCAACAAACCACCUACUCUCCCCACACGCGCAAGCCUUUUACUGCCUCGCAUCAAAACCACGCCCUCCGCCUUGUUCCGCAACCGAACAAAUGACUCGCCCAACCAGCAGGACAAAGCACUCGGAACCGUCGGGAAGGAAUGAAACAAACGUACGAAUCAAACAAAACGAACGAACGAACGAAACGAACGAACGAAUCGAAA